AUGAUUGGUCCUAAGAAGAUAAUCAAAAUGGCAAGGAAUUGGCAGAAGCAGGCUGUAUUCAGUCAGAAAAGAAUCACAUUCUUAAAAACUAGUGAGGCUGCGGAUGGAAAAAGUUGCAAAGCAUCAACAGUCAACAAGGGUCACUUUGUUGUGUACACUGCUGAAAGCAGUAGAACCUCACUGUUGCGAGGAGGAAGAGAAUUUUGUAUACAAGUACCAACAAAGAUGUGGAUACAAAUGGUGGCUGAUAGGGGGCAUUUCAUUGUCUACAAAACUGAUCAGAGGGGCUUCGAAGUUCCGUUGGCAUACCUUGGCGAGGAGAUUUUUAGAAAGCUCCUUGAGAUGUCUGAAGAGGAAUUUGGGUUGCCAAGUGAAGGGCCUAUCAGAGUACCAUGCAAUGCAUUAUUCAUGGAGUAUAUUAUGUAA